AUGCCUCUCGUUGUACCAGGUAUCAACUCCAACGGCGGUGGCGAUCUGACUCAAGAAUGGAUGCAAAAGCUGGCAGGCAAGAAAAUCAGCGAGAGUGGUAGCACAGACAACACCAACUUCGCAAAGAAGGAUCUGCCACAGAAUCAUCGUGUCGUGGGAGAGGAUAGUAUGAUGACUAUGGACCACCAGCCUAAUAGGUUGAAUAUCCAUACUGACAAGGAUGGCUUGGUCAAGAAGGUCACCCAUGGCUAA